CCGACGGCGCUGUCCCUUUAAGGGCGGAGCGGCGCGGGGCCCUCAGACCGCAGCGUUCCGGGCGGGCAACUGGGAAAGCCGCCUUGGUAGCCACCCGCCUGUCGCCACGCGUGGGUGGUGGCCGCUGCGGCGCGGCCGUGAUCCCUCCCUGGAAGACGGGUGGCGGGAGCCCUCCUUAGGGCAGGACCCAGACGGGCUCGGCUGUUGCUGCAGAGGCAGAGCGCGGGGCUUCUCCAUCGCGGAGGAACACGGCGAGUAGAGGAAGCCUCGCUGCAGAGGUGGGAGAGAGAGCAGUGUCCAACCCCCCCCGCUUUGCUUGGAGCGGGAAAGGUUUCAAAUGCGCACUUCCCACCUCCAGAGUGCCAGGCUUCCUGGAGAAUAAGUUACACUGAGCAGAGGGACCCUGCCCUUCACACCCCAGAAGCAAAUGUGAGAAGAGUCUAGGUAGCUUAAAGAUGGGUGCUCCCAAAGAAGUUCGGCCUACAGGAGAGUUCACGUGUCAGCUAUGUGGCUUAACAGCUCCAUACACGUACUAUGGGCAGAAGCCACCAAACACACGCUCUAUUGUGCUUUUGGAAGAAAGCUAUGUCAUGAAGGAUCCUUUCACCCCUUACAAGGACAAGUUCCUCAUCCUUGGGUCUCAUUGCAGUUUGUGUAGCAGAUCAGUGUGCGUUGGUACAGAAUGCAGUCUGUUCUACUCCAAAAGAUUUUGCCUCCCUUGCGUGAAUGAAAACCUACAGGCCUUUCCUUUGGAAAUACAAGAAGAUAUGGAUAAAAGGAAGCCCCAACAAAAAUCCUCUUGUAAAAAAGGCGAUACAAGAACAUAAAUACCGAAGGACCGAGAGAGACAGUUCUUUGGCUGGGGUUUCUCCUCUCUCCUUUUGGAGAGUAUCAUGUUGCUCCUUUUGAAGAGGUGACCUUCAUCAGCUCACUACUACAGGACACAGUAACACAUUUCCUUACAAUUAGCUUGGCUUCAAACGUCAUCACGCAGCGAUCGCCGUGCCAGCAGUACGGCCUUAAGGUGUUGAAGAGCCAGAAAGGCGGGCAGACGAGCCUGCUGUCACCACGUCAGACGCAUGCAGUAAAAAACUAAACAGUGUAAAGCAUGGGAACCAUGUCCAAAUUUUCACAUUUGUUCUUUUCAUGUUUUGUGUUGUUCUUAACACUCUUACAGUGUUACGAAAAUCUGAGACAGAUUUAUCUGGCUUAAUUCAGUAUACAUCGAAGGAAGUUGGUAUACCCCAGUUGCUAACCUGACAGAUGCUGUCCUGAUAAGAUUAUAGUAGGCGAGGAAUUCAAAGCUUUAUGGUUAAGUCUAAAAUAAAACUGCUAUGAGAAAAUGUCACAGAUACCCGUAGAAAUAUCUAGAUUCUUCAAGAUUGUAAUCCCAAUACCAUCACAGUAUUAAGACUUCUGAAGGUAGGUGCUCUUCUAGUAAAAUACCAGUAUAAUAAAAAAAAUUAAAAUUAUACUUACAAGUCACUUGCGCUUGCAGUCACGUUCCACUCAGUCUUCCUGUCUGUUUCAAUACAGCAAUAGGAGAGGUUAAGGACCCUUAAUAUGUCUAGUUUAUGCUUUAUAAGUAAAGAUGACUUUCUUUUCACUUUCCCAUCAGUUAAUCUGGAAAUAGAAAAGUUCCGUUAAAAAGCUCAAUUCUUUCCUGAACUGGGCAGUUAAACUGCAGCUAGAAUAGGGAUUUCAGAAACAUUGUUUCAGUCAUAAAAGGGUAAAAAAUUAUUAGGGAAACAGCAUGUUUUUUAGCUCAAAAAUUAGCUUCUCAGUUAUCAGUGUUGCCUUUGUCUUAAUUACAAGGAAGAUUUAGGUGGCAUUUAUAUAAAACUACUUAGUCACACACCUUAAGGAUAUGUCUAGAAUUGCGCCCUAAUCACCCGAUCACAUUACUGACUCGAGCUUUCGUUGGUCAUUGGUUCGGAACCUGUUAAUGCCUUGGUUAACAUCUCUUUGCUCAACUCUUCCAUCCAUAUAAUUUGUCGUAUGUCAACAUUGAAACUUGAUCAUUUUAGCAGAAUGAACCAUGUGUCUGUUAAAAGAAAUCAACACGAUUUCAGUGAUUUACUUUUAGUUCUUUAGGACAUUUGAGUGCCCUAAAAAUCUUUCUUUUAUUUUUCCUGAACCUAGUAUAUUGCUGUCCUCUAUUGGGGACUGGAAUUUCUUGCAGUUACUAGAGGAGCAAUAAUAGACCUAUUACUACCCUUUUAAAGCUCUAGAUCCUUUAAGACAUAAAAUAGAUAUACAUCUUUAAUUACCAAAAAAAGAAAAAAAAGAAAGAUGCACGUUGGAAGUCAACAUUUCACAUUCCUUUCUGUAGUAACAAGAGACUAAGCUUUCAAAGAAAUUGAUAUUAAACUUAUUUAGAAUGGGUGGUAUUAAAUUUCAGUUUCAUGUUAGACACCCACACAGUUUAAAAGUUGUAACGCGUCUCCUCUGUACAAAUAACAGGCAGAUCCUGUCCUAAACCCCAGAACUGUAAGAAGAGUGAGAGAUGCUAGAAAGAGAAUCACAGCGCUUUUCCACCUUAAAAUUGUAGUCGUCAUAAACAAGCUGACAAAAAGCAGCAUCGCCAUGCGAGAUCACAUUCUGUGUUUAUACCAGCAAAUGUCUUUCUAAAACACGCUGUUUGCAACAGGUUGUGUCUUAGCUUGAAACUAAGUUUUUAAAGCCUGGUUCGCACAGUCCCUGUCGGAACGAGAAGGUGCCGUUGGGCUGCGUGAUACGCAGGCCUGUCUUGGGGCUGGGCGAUGCACCCACCCAACGCGCUGGGAAGGAUCUAAUGGCCCUGAGCUGUUUUCCCUCCUGUUCAACCUCCUCUGUGCCCUUUAAGAAAAAGGAAGUUAACUCGUUUAUUCAUAAAUUGUUAUCUUUGCCAUCAUGAGGUGAUGGAAGAAUCACUUAAAACCCUCAGAAAUGACCCUACCUUUAAGUACUCGUUAAGUUGAACCGGGGGGGGGCAAACGCAGUAUUUUGAGAGAGCGGAAUCUGUAACUAUGGGAUUUUCAAUCUGGCGCAGUACAGCUCAUUUAUUUAGCUGGAGUACAACAGAAAAAGCCAAGUGAAGGAUACCCGUGCUUCACAGUCACCUGGAUACGCACACGUCUAGGUGAAGAAAAGCAUACUUUCAGCAAGUACCACAAAGUGGUUCAGUAGCCCAGGGUCGUCCGAUGUGGUCUGUCACCUCUGGUCCGUGCUUUAGGGCAAGGCGGCUGACCUACGUGCAGUUUGGUAUUUCCUGGAAUGACAAAGGGUUAUUAUCUGUGCCCAGCUAUUAAAACUUAGGUAUUCUACAUUCUCAUAUUCCCCUUGAACGUGGGCAUUACGGUCUUUGAAUCAUAAUUUUUUGGUGUACGUGUGAUUUCACACACCAAACGCCAUCACCCGCAAACUUACCAGCCAUGAAGCCUACUCUUCAAGACACACAGAACCUCUAGUUUGGUUUCAUCGGGUUCCCCGAGUGCCGUCCGUGGCUCAAAAUCAGGCCCUCAAUGCUUCUGAGCACAGCUGAGGGAGAAAUCUGACUCUUUACCCUUUGCUGUAAUUUUUCUUCAGCACUCUCUUACCAGCUUAAUAAAUCCCCAGGUUCUUGAGGGAAACCAUUUCUCUGUGACGCGUCCUCCCAACUGAUUUAACUGAAGCCAUGCGCAUCAAAGUAUAGUAUGCUACACUUCACAUCGAAGUGCAUUCAAUGCUUGUUGAAUUCAACAAAUGUCUCGAGCUGGUCAUAAUGUCAAUGAGAAUGGGUAGACACAGCAGGACAGCGGGUCGGCAGACAAACUGAUGAAAUACAUACA